AUGGAAGAAGACACAGAUUCACGAAAGCAAGCUAGACUAGCCAUUUUGGAGCUAGCGAACAUGAUAAGCGUCCCUAUGUCCUUAAACGCCGUCGUUCGUCUCAACGUCGCCGACGCAAUCUGGGAAGGUGGUUCCAACGCGCCUCUCACCGCCGCUGAAAUCCUUGCGCGUGUAAUUCCAUCCGGAGGCGGCGACCCUGAGAAUCUUCAGCGCAUGCUACGCAUGCUCGCUAGUUAUGGUGUGUUUGAAGAACAUAUUGGUGGCGGUGAAAGGAAAUACUCGGUAACGGAUGUUGGGAAAACUCUUGUCACCGAUGAACAAGGCUUAUCGUAUGGCUCUUACGUGCUCCAACACCACCAGGAUGCGUUGAUGAGAGCAUGGCCAUUGGUACAUGAAGCAGUUGUGGACCCCUCAAAGGAGCCAUUUGAGAGGGCUAAUGGAGAAGGAGCCUAUGAUUAUUACCAAAAGAAACCAGAGAUGAAUGAGUUAAUGUUGAAGGCUAUGUCAGGGGUAUCAGUGCCCUUCAUGAAAGCACUUUUGGGGAGCUACCAUGGGUUUCAAAAUGUCGAGAAGCUUGUUGAUGUGGGUGGCAGCGGUGGUGAUUGUCUCCGAAUGAUCUUGCAGAAAUAUCCUAAUAUCAAACAAGGGUUAAACUUUGAUCUUCCUCAAGUUGUGGCUAAAGCACCACAAAUUCCAGGUGUAACUCAUGUGGGCGGUGACAUGUUCAAGUACAUUCCUCAAGCAGAUGCUAUCUUCAUGAAGUGGGUGCUAACGACAUGGACCGACGAAGAGUGCAAACACAUAAUGUCAAACUGUUACAAGGCCCUCCCAGCAGGAGGAAAGCUAAUAGCUUGUGAGCCUGUGUUGCCGGAGGAUUCAGAUGAUAGCCACAGAACAAGGGCGUUGCUUGAGGGUGACAUAUUUGUGAUGACGAUUUAUAGAGCCAAAGGAAAGCAUAGGACUGAAGAGCAGUUUAAGCAGCUUGCAAUUUCUGCAGGUUUCAAUCUUUUCAAAGCCUUUCACGUGGAUCAUUUCUACGCUGUUCUUGAGUUUCAGAAAUGA